AUGGCACCGCAAUUGGAAGUCAGGCUUUCGGAGUUUCAAACUCCAUGCCUGCACUUCGCCAACGUGCUCGCCGUUCAGCGUGGCUUAGAGCCAACUGCCAACGCUCGAGGAUUGUACUCGAGGGCAAUGAAUCCUCUGGCCUCCUCCUCGCAAGGACAAUCUGACUCAAACUCUCAAGGCAUACCCAAACUCACAAUCCAGUGGGAAAGAGAUCAUGCUCUCACUACAAUCCUCGUCAAUCAUCUGACUACUCGCCCGCCUGAUUGUUGCAUCCUGUUCUAUUCUGAUGGGAAGAAAGCAAUGCCUUCUGUUGAUGAUGCCCCCUCAGGCAAGGACAAGAACGAAAUACAUGAUUUUAUUGCCAAGCUCAUCUUUGCGACCCACACCAAAUACAAGGCCGCAUACCAUCAAGAUCUGAAGAAGUUCCGCAUGUCAGUCGCAAACCGCAUCACAUCUCUCAGAAAUAAAUAUAGAAAAUGCAAGGGCUGGUUCAAUGCGACUGGUGCUGGUGUGGUGCUGCUUGAUGAGACUACCUCGAAAAACUUACUGGAUGAAGUCACCACCGAACUGCCAUGGUAUACUGAUCUCGAUAGCAUCUGGCACUCAAUCCCAUCAUUUGCAACUAAAUCACAUUCGUCCAGGCCGGGGGUUGAUCACACAGGUGAUUUGUAUGCGCUUGUGCAACCACAUGGCAGCCCUGGCAGGGCUGGUCCCUCAACAAAUUUUGAUGGUGCCGCUCAGGCUGGUGCUCCACUGCAGCUCCCUCCAUAUGCUCAGCCAUCCCACAGCACAUUCUCCCCCCAACUGCAGCCCCCCCAUCAGCCAUCCCAUAGCGCAUUCACCCCCCAACCUGAAUGCCCCAACUUCACUCAGCCCCCCAACCUUAUACUCCCUCCCAAUGCCAUUCCUGGUGGUGGCGAUACCCACAACUUGAACGAUCCUCUGAUCGAUCUGCAUCUUCUGCAUGCCGCUCCUCCCCCCCCUGAUAACAACAUUGAUAAUGACGCAGACAUGGACCAUUACAUGCAUGAUCCUGAUGAUGACACUGACGACCUAUAUCUCAGUGGUCCUUUGUCCGCCCCCCUUGGGGAUGCGCUGCGCCACUUGGAGGAUGACUCCAUGACCCUUGACAGUCCUGCUAGAGCUGCUGGGAACAAGUGUCAAUGA